UUAUCCUUCUUCCAACCUUGUCGGCUCCGGUGGUGUAGUGUGCGCCAUCGUUUCUGGCCGCCAGUCGCGCGAGUUGACGUUCGGAGCGUACAUUUUCAUUUUCGCAGGAUGGCCGCGAUGCUGUCCAACUGUUCACGUUUCGCGCCUCGCGUAAUCACGCGGAGUAGCGUGUUACGGACAAGGAUCACAAGAGCAUUGUAUAGUCAAGGGCGCAGUGUAGUUAUCCAUGCAGAACAUGCACCCAAUGUCAAAACUUUAUUAUGUAGAAAAUAUAAGGCAAACUGUUAUUGGGUAAAUCAAGCGAGACAUAUACGUUCAACUUCAGCAUUAUGGGAGAUCAGGGAAGUUAUAGUCCCUGCGUUUGCCGAAAGUGUAAGCGAGGGCGACGUGAGAUGGGAGAAGAAGGUCGGCGACCAGGUCAAGGAAGACGAUGUUCUUUGCGAAAUCGAAACGGACAAGACUUCGGUUCCCGUUCCAUCGCCCGGACCUGGUGUCAUAAAAGAGCUCUUCGUUAAUGACGGCGAUACGGUAAAGCCAGGGCAGAAGUUAUGUACCAUCGACGUCGGUGCGACCGGUGGAGCUGCUCCGUCCGCGGCAGAAGCACCGAAGCCUGCUGCGGCUGCACCUCCACCUCCACCGCCGCCACCACCUUCACCCAAAGCAGCAGCACCUCCUUCUCCGCCAUCGGAACCCGCGGCGGCGCCGAUUCCGCCACCCGCUGCUAGACCACCGCCUCCACAAGCCCCUAAAACGACGAUGCCGGUCGCGGCCAUCAAACACGCGCAGUCACUGGAAGGCGCAAAAGUUCAACUACCUCCCACUGAUUAUACUCGCGAGAUAAUCGGCACCAGGACAGAGCAACGGGUGAAGAUGAACAGAAUGCGUCUGCGUAUCGCAGAACGUCUGAAGGACGCGCAAAACACGAAUGCCAUGUUGACCACUUUCAAUGAAGUUGAUAUGAGUCGCAUUAUCGAGUUUCGAAAAUCGCAUCAGGAAGCAUUCACGAAAAAGUACGGCAUCAAACUUGGAUUUAUGAGUCCGUUUGUUGCUGCUAGUGCUUACGCUCUGAAGGAUCAACCCGUGGUAAACGCCGUAAUAGACGGCACCGAUAUAGUAUAUAGAGAUUACGUAGACAUUAGCGUAGCGGUUGCAACGCCGAAGGGACUCGUCGUGCCGGUGCUACGCAGUGUGGAGAAUAAGAAUUUCGCCGAAAUCGAGAUUGCCUUGGCCGCCCUAGGUGAAAAAGCCAGGAAAGGAAAGAUCACCGUCGAAGACAUGGACGGCGGCACUUUCACGAUAAGCAAUGGUGGUGUUUUUGGCUCCCUGUUAGGAACUCCCAUUAUUAAUCCGCCGCAAAGUGCAAUUCUCGGCAUGCAUGGCGUCUUCGAUAGACCGAUCGCCGUUAAGGGAGAGGUUGUCAUUAGACCAAUGAUGUACGUAGCUUUGACAUACGAUCAUCGACUGAUCGAUGGACGCGAAGCUGUAAUGUUCCUAAGAAAGAUCAAAGACGCCAUAGAAGAUCCUAGGAUUAUCCUGGCUGGCCUUUAAUAAACUUGUAAUACACAUUUGUCGCGCGUAUUAAUGCGUGUGUCGACGAUUUUUAUAAUCAUCGUGAAUAAACAAAAAAAAAACGCGACGCAACAAUCCGUAAAAAUUCUUGGCAGGGAGUUUCUUUCCUGUUUCGGAAACUUUUGGAGAGUUCAGGAAAAAAACGCGUUUCGACAUUUCAUUUUGAAUCUAUCAAUCUCUAUAAGCUAAACGUGGGAUAACGUGGCGAGUGCAGUCAUGAAUAACGAUAAGCAUGCUAGUCCUGUCUGUAAUUUUGAACCCUUACAGUAAAAAUAUAAUAAGUCUCUCUUACUUUGUACUUAUGUUAAUCCGGCUAUAUUGAACGAUUUUUGUUAUUGGAUUUUUUUUUAUACGAUCAAUGUGAUUGUAUAAUCGGUGAUCGUGUUUUACGCACGAAACGUUGCGAUACCAUAUUUUUAUUCCCUUUGUGCAUAUCGUGCUUGAUUUGGCGGAUGUGAGCGCAGAGGGACGGAAGUCGAGCUAGAAAAUACUUUAUUAGAUGUAGAUCUCAAAACUAAAAUAAAGCCUCACCAAUCUAAAUGUAUAGCAUUGUUAAAUUGCGACCAUGAGUAUAUUAUAUAAUAUACAUAACGCGAUUUAGUAGGUCUUUAAAAAAUGCGAAAGUGAUAUAUUAUUGUUUGCACUUGUACUUUUUAUCUCGAGUAUCUUGAGAUCUGUUUAUCGGGAACUUCUGCACUCGAAGGAAAGCAGGAUAUUAGUCAUUCUUGUAUAAAUCAAAAUUGUUUUGAUCGACAAAAUGAAUCAACGUGAUAGACGUGUUUUGCAUAGUGUGGGGCAUUUAACGAGACGUUAAUAUUUAAUAUAUAUGUUAACGGACACUGCCGAAUUCUGUAUGAAUUUUUCGAAAUAUCGUUAAACAUUCGAGGCGAAAACUCGCGCGAAUUUAAGAUACGUUGUAUUGAUAACAACGUGCCUUGUCGAUAUACCGUUCUUAUCACUCUGUGUCUACAUUUUGUCUAUCUUCAAUGAAUUAUGAAGAUUGUGCGGAUUUAGCCCCGUUGUAAAAUACGUUGUAUAUUAUUUAGAUUCUGUGUAUUAACGACGAAACGCAUAUAAAGCACGCUGAUUAAAUCUGGAA